AUUAUCAGUACAUUUUGAUUACAAGGUCCACGGAUUCAGCGGUUAUUAUUUUGUUAGAGUAUUAAUAGGAUUUUUACUUGAAUAGGAAAAUACUCUUUGAAAAAAAUGCAUCACCUUCAACAAAUAAACUACUCUCUACAAGCAAUGGAUGUUGAAGAAGCAGAUAAUCAAGUUUUAUCUUCACUUGUCUCUCUCAAUACCAUGGUUUGUCAGCAGAAUCAAGCUUUUUCUCUUGAAGAUCUUGCUUGGGUUGAUUCCUGCCUAAAUAAGGAUUCCGAUAUUUCAGAAACUGAUUGGUCCCCUCUCAGGGAUGCUUUGUUACAAAUUUCUCAAUCAUUUAGGGUGGAUGGUAGACAAGACAAUGAAAGUCACCUAUACAGUAAGGAGAAAAACAUUACUUCACAACAUAUUCAAGAAUCUUCGACUUCUAAUGCAAAUUGCUUACAAAAACGCCCUUCAACAUAUAAUGUUGAGCUAAUAAGAAGGGCUAAUGAAACAAGCACUGAUGAAAUUCUAGAGGAUGAAUUGGCUGGGACGACUAUGUCGUCUUCAACUUUCCAAGGAGAUCCUUUUUUGCCAACUUAUAAUGAAGACCUAAAGCCAACUUAUGAGAUGGAACAUGCAUCUGAGAAUGUUUUCCAAGUCUGGGAUUUGGAUAGUGCAACUGAUGAGAUGGAGGAGGCAUCUGAUAAUAUCUUCAAAGUAUGGGAUUUGGACAUUCCAGUUGAGGAAGGUGAACUUGUUAAACAGUUGAAGAAAGCCUUAUUAGAGAAUUCUUUGAAGACAACGGUGCCAUCUGUUUUUCAUGAUUCAGAAAAAGGGAAAGACUUGAAGGAAGGGUCGCUUGAUGUUCUUAUUGCUGACAAGGACUUGAAUGAAGGGCCACUUGAUGAUCUUAUUGCUGGCAUUGCUGACUUGUCUUUAAAUAAAAAAGUUUAGCUUUCCUUCAUUUGUUUUUGUUUAGAUUCUAGUCUUUUUCACUCUAUAUCUAAAGCAAUGUGUUUGAUGUUAUCUGUCAUUUGAUGUAUAGCGAUUAUUACAUUACAAAGAUGCACAAUUAAACUUUUUAUAGCUA